AUGACGGCGGCCGAUGAUGCAGCUGUCUUGGCGAAAGUGGAGUCCGAGCUGAAGUACCAGAUGGACGAAGCUGGGGUUCCGUUGCCUGGUUUCGAUUGCGUCCGCGUCUUCGCUGGCAUCGAUGAGACGAAGGCCGAGGUGCGCCAGGCUCUCAAAGUUGAACUCCCACUGGACUACUCUGCUGACGCUGAGUCCCGGCGAAACAUGGCCCUCUUGCUUGCAGUGUGGGACGCUUGCCGCCUGCACCUUGCUGUGCAAGAGAAGAACAAGACAGAUGCGAAGUUGGGAGUUCAGGCACGAAAUGUUCCAUCUACGGAGCAUGCAGCAAUGCGCAUGGCCGUUGAGAAACUCUAUGGCAAGCUAAAGGACAAGGAACUUCCCAGCAAGACGUUCUUGGCCCAGGAGCUCGAGCAAGUUGAAGAGAAUGCUCCGCAGGCCGAAGACCUGCGCGAUGUGACGAGCCUGGAAGAUGCUGAAAUGGAGGCUUACAAUGCCUUGAUCGACCCAUCCACCUUCACGCUGCGCAUUAAGCCGGGCCGUACCACCACUACUCCGCCAGGAACUGAGAAUGCGGCGUCGUCGGCUUGGAUUCGCGUGGGAGAUGGUGAAGAGCCUGGUCUCGGUCUUGGUUGCCUGACCGCUGUGUGGAUGCCUUUCGGGAGCUGUCGGACCACGUGCUUGGCUCACAUGUUGCUGGGCUCCGUGCCCCCGGCGGUCAUGCGUGAUCAAGCGGGCUUGCAAUGCGGCUCUGUUGUGCCCUUCACCUUGGCAGGGUCUGAGCGAGCCAGUAGUGUGGAGCCUAUGUCCCUGGCCAUGCCUGCGCCGGAGACGUGGUGGCAGCGCGGCGGUGGCAAAGGCAAGGGAAAGGGCAAGGCCAGCCAGGCCAAGAAGAUCAUCGGCAAGUCCUAUCGGGGGGAUGCAGUCACGGGUCUGGCCGCCGAGAACCUGUCCUGGGAGCCAGCCCUCAGUGUUAGCGAUAGCGACAGUGACAGCCACACUGUGCCAGUCUGCGCUAGCGUGCAAGCGUGUAAAUAUGAAGGCAUCAUGGCUUUGCAGUCGGCAGAGUUUGAAGACAAGGAUGCUGCGUUGCGUUUUCAUGGGGCCACGGAUGUGCAAAGCAAGCCUCUUUGCCCAAUGGAAGCGGAUCAUGACUCUGGAGCUGCAGCGCUUGGUGACGGACUCCGUGGCUAUGGGGCACCUCUUGUUUCUAGCAUGUUGGGAAAAAGGCGUGACUACACUGACGGUUUUGGUCUGUGUUCUCCCGGGCGAUGGCAGCCCAGCAUGAGGCGUUGCGCAGACGACACUCCGUCUCUGGCCUUUGCAGAAGCGCUUGGUGUGGAAUUGCUGAAGCUACUCAAUAGCAAGCUGAACAUUCGCGAGCUCAUGUUUAAGUUGGCGGCAGGCAAGGUGACUGCUUGUCCUUUCGAUGCUGAGCUUAUCGAAGAUGGUCGCGAGCUAAUUUUCAAGGCGCUUGAGUAUGUAGGUACACAGCUUCCUGUGCGUGUGCAACCUGACGGGCAACCGUUCUUCUUGGCUGCAGUAGAAGAGGUCUUGCGUAUCUCUGGCGACCCUGAUUUCAGUGCCUUCUACUCUGGGCCUGAUUCGUUUGCUAAAGGGGUCCGACUGGGCGUAGGGGUUGAGACGCCGCGAGUACCAGCUGUCUUCGAAGAGAAGACUCGUUUUCGCAAAUAUGGCGAGGAUGCUGAUUGGGAGGACACCGUCCGCGAGAACUACUUGUCUGCGAAGGACCAUGCUGACAUUGCCCAGACGCAGUGUCAAGAAGAGGCUAAGUUGGGCGCGAUGGUGGAGCUACCGCUUAGCGAAGCGCGUGAGCGCUUUGGAGACAGGUUGGUGCUUGCCUCUCUGGGAGCCAUCGAGAAGAAGGAUGGCACCUACCGCGUGAUCCAUGAUGGAACGCACGGAGUUGGUGUAAACUCCGCCAUCCGGAUGCGUGACCAGGUCCGCUCGCCAACAGCUGGCGAUGUGAGAACGGCAAUGCGGGUCUUGCAGCGUGCGCGUUUCGGCCUCACUGGUGACGUGAGCCGUGCCCAUCGUCUGGUCAAGGUGGCCGAAGAAGACUGGGGCCUCCAAGCCUGCAGAACUGGUGUGGGGCCGGGCGAGUCUGUCUGGCUCAACAAGGUUGGCACGUUUGGUGUCAGCAGUGCGUCGUACCAUUGGAGCAGACUAACGGGCGGACUAGGCAGGUCAGCGCAAUACUUGCUGGGCAAGAUAGAACUAAUGCACCUGGUCUAUGUUGACGAUCUGCUCUGCCUCCUCAAGAAUGUGAAGAGGGGCAUGGAUUGCAUCCUCUUGCAGAUUUUCUUUUAUGUUCUUCUAGUCUACGCAUGGAUUGCAGCUGCUGAAGUGCGGUGUCUGUGCCAGCUACCCAAAGCGCUCAUCUUCAUCUUCGGAUUCUUGGCAACAGCGCUGAAGACUGGUGGGCGCUUGGUACCUGUGGGACGAUUGCCUGCAGUGGAGCGUGAGCUCUUCCGCACAGAUGCGCGUGCCGAGGGAAACGAAAUUUGGAUCGGUGGCUGGACCAUCGGGCCGGUAGUGACCGACCGCCUGGAGUUCUGCCCAGAGGUCGUGCAGUCUGCUGAGCUGGAUGCUCUCUUAGCGCUACGCGUGCUGUCAAUUUCUGUGAUAGUGGGAUGGCUUGCUGAAAAGCUGAGCCACACGAAUGCGCCAUGGUUGUAUGCAGCUGGAGAAGCAUACCGCCAAAUUGGCGCGCUGGAGUUGCUGGCCACACUCGUGGCCGUCGUGCUGUUCGGAGUGCCGCGCGGAGAGACGGGGCGUGUGCGUUGUUCUGCAGGCACGGACAACUAUGGCAACAGCCAUAUUGUCGCGCGAUUGCUUACGUCCAGCUUCCCACUGUGCGCCUUUCUGGCAGAGCUAGCCAUGCAAUUGCAGAAGUCUGGCACAGAGCUUCACUUGCAUUGGCUCCCUCGACUACAGAACAAAGAGGCCGAUGCGCUCACAAACGGCUGGCUUGCUGACUUUUGCAUGCAGCGUCGCAUGCGCUUCGAACUGCAGAAUUUCGAAGGCAUUGUUCUGCAGGACCUACUGAAGCUGGGCCUGGAUUUGUAUGAGGAAGUCCGCGAGUGCAGAGCAGCCAAGAGAAUGUUGUGCCCGCAGCUUGCUACGAAGGUCAGGAAGACGGAGACCUUGAAAGUUCGAGACCCUUGGCAGUAG